CUUGGGCCCACUGAAGCGUGUCACCUGCCCUGCAGAACUGCUGGGCCCAGGGCUGCGAGCUGGAUGCGUGGGGAUCAUUCCUGGCUCUGUGCAUUACGCUGUGGUUCUCAGCCAUCUACUGUGUCAUCGCUCCUUGCAAGCCUGCUCAACGUUUGAGUAGGAUUGUGGGCAGCUCUCUGCUGGUGGCCGGUUAGCCACCAUGGCUGACGAGAAGACCUUCCGAAUCGGUUUCAUCGUGCUGGGCCUUUUCCUGCUAUCCCUGGGCACAUUCCUUAUGAGCCACGAUCGACCCCAAGUCUACGGCACCUUCUAUGCCAUGGGCAGCAUCAUGGUGAUUGGGGGUGUCCUCUGGAGCAUGUGCCAAUGCUAUCCUAAGAUCACCUUUGUGCCGGCAGACUCUGACUUCCAAGGCAUGUUGUCCCCAAAGGCCCUGAGCCUGCUGGAGACUGGGCUUUCAGAAGUAAAGAGCCCCCAGCCCCCCUACGUCAGGCUGUGGGAAGAAGCCGCUUAUGACCAGAGCCUCCCAGACUUCACUCACAUCCAAAUGAAGGUCAUGGGCUACAGUGAGGACCCCAGGCCACUGCUGGCCCCCGAACUGAAGACAGGAACCAGCAGUGCCAAGGAAGGCGAGCCUCAUUCUGCUCAGACCUGGAUGGAGGCUGCGGUGGUCGUCCAUAGAGAGUUGGAUGAGAAGGAGGGAGAGAAAUCUCGUUCUCAGAGCAGCCCUCCAGCGUGUUCCCAAGGCUCUGCACCCUUGGCGUCAUUUCACGAUGACUUGGACGUGGGUUCUAGCGAAGGCCGCAGCCCCCAGCCAUCCCCACCUGACAGAGAUGAGGCACACCUGCAGGUGCCCUGGGCCAGCAGAGGUCCACUGGAUCGCUUCGGUGACUUUGCUCUGAUUGAUGACACCCCUAUAUCAGAGGACAUGGGCCUGGAGGGGCAGGCACAGGAGGAAGCUCUACCCAGCAAGCAACCAUGGUCCCUGAGGAUGAAGGAGGAGACUGUCCAGGCAGGUGCAGAAGAACCAGAGCAGGAGGAGGAAGAUCUGUACUACGGGCUGCCCGACAGCCCUGGGGACCCCCUCCCUGACAAAGAGUUGGGCUUUGAGCCUGAUGUCCAGGGUUGAGAUGAAACUGCUUCCUGGGUCUAGCCUGACAGCACUGCUCUCUUCAUGUGACCCCUCAAGGGCUCAGUUUUCCAAGUCCAAAUAGGAUUGUAUGGAGGGUCGAGUGAGGCAGUGAACUGAAGCAUCUUGGGAACUGAAGCAAACACACAUGGGGGGCAGCCAUCCUCCUCCCAGUGAGCCACGUACUUCUGGUUGUAGCUUGUUCUGCUGACCUGCAGGUAGAGUGGGGUUUUCUGAGGUCCUGUGUUAUAGCCAGACCCUCAGAAGCCCUUUCUAUCUCUGGGGUCUGAUGGGCCUCCUGUGGUGCUACCCAGGCCCCCAAGAGCCCACUGUGUUUUGAUCCUCUGAUGAAUGUUUGAUUCACCCCACAGCGGAUGCUGUCUCUCGGCUCCAUGUCUUCAGCAGGUCCCCUGUUCUGGGAUCUAUGACUCUGGCUGACCUCUGCUGACCUGACCUGACGUCUGGAUAUCUCUCUGGUCCCUCCUGUUCCUGCAGUUGCCCCUAGCCCUUGCUUGAGCUGUGUUCUUCAGGGUCCCUUGUGCUGAGUGAAUUCCCACCCAUUCCUAUACGCCUGUGAAUGUGACCUUUCUUCUGCUAGUUUUCCUGGCAUCCCAACUCCUAGGUGAGAAUUUCUCUCCGGGACUUGGGCAUCCAUUUCUGUGACUGAUGCUUGCCACUGCCCUGGGACAACAUCUUGGCCUCAUUCACCAUAGUUCCCAGGAGAUCCUUGGCAUGUGCAGAUCUCAGUAGAGCUGGGAACCUUUGCAGAUAGUGUCACCCUCCCAUUUGACAAGUAAUGGACUCUUAGUCUCUGACACCCACUUUUCAAAAUGGCUUCUAGACAGUCAUAAAAAUCAGGCAAAAAGCUACCAGAAGCAGCUCACAGAGCACACUUGCAUUGACUUAGAAAUGGACAAAAUCCGGCUGUUGAAUUAAUUCCACUUGAUGCCCUUGGCUUUUACUGAGCAUCUGCUAGGAUCCAGGCACUCAGCUUGGGAAAUAGUCACUGGUCCCUGACCCCUCUAAGGGCUCACAGUCCCAGCUUGCUGUCUUGUAAGUUGGGAACAUAGCAUGGGGCAGAAGAUGGGGUGGUGUCAGAGCCACCCCCAUCUGCAGAUCUUACUACCCUCUGUUUUCAGUCAACAUGGAGGGAGCCAUACGGAGGGUGUUGCUACCUUCCCCAGCCAGGUCCACACAACUUAGAUCUGUUCUGAGAAGGUUAGGGGUCUCUUUGGAGGGAAGGAGAUCCAGCUGGUGCUCAGUGAGAACAUACCACAAUCCUCCCCGCUUCUGGGGCAUGUCUACCUCUUCAGUGAAGAUGCCUCCUCCAGGCACCUCCUCUCUGGUCACCGGACCAGGUGUCCUUUGUUCAUGUCGCAGCUGCUGUGUACUGCUGGCCCAGGCAGGGAGGACUGUGACCCACAUCAGACAGAGCAGAGCCAGCACCAAGGGCUAAAAUAAAAAAAAAAGUUUUUGACAUUGAAGGGUCACCUUUACUCGCCUGCAAAUUCUUUUCUGUAAAACUGCCCAUUCCGCUCGGGGCAGAAUAAAAUGAGACUUCACGCCUG